AUGGCUUCUAUCAGUGAUGAUUCUCCACCUGAUAGAAAAAGGAAGAAACCCUCAAGGAAAGGCCCUAAUGAUAUAAUAAAAAAGAUGGCUGUGGUCUUAAGAGAGGGGGUUGUUUUCAAAAAGAAAGAAACAAAUGAAGUGUUCAUGCCAACUACAAUCACUAUGUCAAAUGACAUAAAUCCAGAUCCAGGGCUGCGUCAAGAAAUCUCAUUCACCAAGAGCAUGACACCAGAAGAUAUAAAAGAAGUACUGAAGAAUGCCUUCCCUAUUCUUGCUAACACUGAAAGGUAAUCUUUUAAAGAGGAAAUCAACCUAAAGAAUUGAAACAUUGUCUGAUGAAAAUUUUGACAUUUAAAUUGUAAUUAAUGUUAAAUUAAAAUUUGAAAGAAAAGCACAUUGUUUUAAGUGCACUGAAUACUUAAUUAUAAUUUUGAAGUAUUUGUUAAACAAGUCUGUGAUUCCAACAUGGAUGGUUCUAAGGUCUUGAAGAGUAAAGAAAAUCAUGGACAAUUUGUGACAUACUCUCCAUAUAUUUCCUUUGAGUGAUAAUGCCCUUGUUUACUAUGUUUACUAGCAUGUCUUACUAACAAUACAUAUGAUUGUUCCAAGAUAUUUUUGUCCUACCCAUUUUAAUUGUGUUGAUUAUGACAUUUCAGUCUUCCAAAAAGGUGUCGUGGUUCAAAGACUAGGACAAAUAUAUAAUAUUGUGCUUUCAUGUCAGUGGGCCAUGUCUGUGUAAUAUGUGGAUAGGCCUUGAAACAUCAAGAACAGAAUCCUAAGAUGUUGUUAAUCUUUGUUACCAACUUUCAUACUCAGAUUUUUUUGUGCAAAAGCAGUUCAGAAAGAAAAACUUGACUUCUGUGGAGAGCCACGUAUUUGGAGUGGGGAAGUCCUCAAUCGAGAGAUAAAGGGGCACAGUGUGUUGUACAUCUACUGUGAGGUUUGA